AUGGAGACCCUGUUUCUGACCGUUGUGCUGGGUCUGGUCGCUGCCCUGCAGGCCCAGGACCCCCUGUCCUUCACCUCGGAGGAGCAGGAUCUCACAGGGACCUGGUACGUGAAGGCCGUAGUGACUGGCAAGGAACUGCUGGAGGGGAAGAGGCCCAGCAAGGUGUCCCCUGUGACAGUGACAGCCCUGGAAGGUGGGGACUUGGAGGUCACAUUCACCAUCAUGAAGGAGGGUCAGUGCCACCAGAAGAAAAUACUGAUGCAGAAAACCGAGGAGCCGGGCAAAUACAGCACCUUUGGGGGCAAGAAGCUCAUGUAUCUACAAGAGCUGCCAGUCAAGGACCAUGACAUCUGGUACUGCACAGACCACGGCCACGGGAAACGGCACCUCAUCGGAAAUCUCAUGGUGGCCAACCCAAGCUCCCCAAGUGGUUACCAGGCAGCCUGGAGCCGUGCAGCCGUCCCCCACUCGGCUCACCUGCCCAACUCUCCCACAGGUAGGAGUCCCGACGUGAACCCAGAUGCCCUGGAAGAAUUUAAGAAAUUUGUACAUUACAAGGGAUUCCUGGAGGACAACAUUUUCACACCCACGCAGAUGGGUGAGAGGACAGCUCUGACCACAUCCCCCUCAUGUCCCCCUCUCCCCUCUGUGGGGGAAAUGGCAUCACAGUGA